AUGCAUGACACACAAUAUCAAGAGCCGGCGGCGGCGGACCGGCCACAACGGCGUGUCGCGCCGGACGCCCCGUACAAGCGCUGUCGCAGCCACGACCCGAUUUCGCCGACAUGUGGCCCGCCGAUCCCCGACCACAUGCUGUCGCACGCAAACAAAGUGGCGGCGAACAUGCGCGCCGGCCGUUUUGUGCGCCAGCCGACCUUUGUCCUCGGCCUGCGGGCGGUCGAUGCCACCACCCAGGCGCUCGCCGCACGCAUCCUCCGGGGGCCCCUCGCGGCCUUGUGCGACGACACGGCCGCCCUGCUGGCCGCCCCGGGGCCGACCGGCCCGGCCACGGCGACGGCGACGGCGCGCCACGGUACGAGCAUCUUGGAGCUCGCGCACGACGCGUACGCGCUGGAACCCGGCCGGCCGUGGACGCUCUGGGCGUUCCGGGACAUGUGGGACCGGUGUCCCGUGGCGCUGAAAAGCGCAGAGGAUGCCUUUGUGUUUCUCCAGGCGCGGCUGGCCACACUUCAACGGCAGGAGGAGGACCCGACCGCGCUGCAGCUGCUUGUGCACUUUGUCGUCGAGGCGAGUCCGACGUGGCCGAAGCUGUUUGCGGUGACGUAUGUGAGCGACGGUGACGACGACGAUGAUGAAGAGGAGGAUGACAACGGAGAAGAGGAGGAUGGCCAGAAGGCAGAGAUGCGAGACAUGGAGGACUUCAAGCUAGACGAGGAGACAAAGGCCACACAAAAGAGAAUGGAGAGACAAGGUAAGACGGCAGGGAGGAAAAACGUGGCAGAGAAACAAGAGUGGAAGAAAGAGGGGGACACACGAGAUCUGGCAGCCAAAGGGAGACAGAAACCGGCAAACCGGGACACGAAGACUGUCGACAAGAGAUAUCAAGAAAGACAAAAUCGAGAACGACAAGAUCGAGAACGGCACGAGAGGGAGAAGAAUCGCGAACAAGAGAAGAGAGAAGUGGAACAAAGAGAGAGAGACAGGCGAGAGAGAGACAGAAAAGAACAAAGGGAACGAAUGGAGAGGGAGAGGGAGCGAGACAAAAUGGCGCCACGAGAAGAACGCCACAGAAGAGACGAAGUGGAGAGACGGCACCAGGAGCGGCAGAUGCAGCGAGAGCGCGAACAGAGAGAUGCACGUCUGCGGUGGCUUCAGCAUGAGCGUGAGAAAGAGACCAUGGACAGGCUGCGGGGGGGUUUCAGAAGGCUUUGA